GUCCCUCAGAACUUUUGCCUGUCGCCUUGUCUUCGGGACAGCAUCUCACACACCACCUCUGUAGACUCACACACUGGGGGAACUUAUUCACCUGCAAAAAAAACAACAUUUUCCUCAAGCCAAAAAACGCGCAACGUCUACUCGUCCCUUCCCUCUGACAUGGAGACCCAGCAAAGAAACGGACCUCUCUCAGUGUGCCACACCUGCCGAAGAACCGAGAGGAGCAUGAUGACGGUGAAGAAGAUGUUCUCGUCCAGCAGCGCGUUGGUCUUCGCCCUGGCCAUGACGCUGUACAUCUUCCAAGGGGCCUCGGCAGAAACUCUGUGCGGAGGAGAGCUGGUGGACGCUCUGCAGUUCGUCUGCGAGGACCGAGGAUUCUAUUUCAGUCGGCCAACGAGCCGGACCAGCAGCCGGCGCACCCAGAACCGAGGCAUCGUGGAGGAGUGCUGCUUCCGGAGCUGCGACCUCAACUUGCUGGAGCAGUACUGCGCAAAGCCAGCCAAGUCGGAGCGGGACGUCUCCGCCAGCGCCCUACAGGGCAUCCCCAUGAUGCCCCCACUGAAGCAGGAAGUGCAGAAGAAGCAACACGUGAACAACAAGCUGUCCUCCUACGCCGUGUGGGACAGGAAGGCGGCCCAGCGGCUCAGGAGGGGUAUCCCCGCCAUCUUGAAGGCCAGGAAGUUCCGGCGGCAGGCGGAGAAGGCGAGGGCCAAGGCCCAGGAGCAGACCCACCGACCGCUCAUCAGCCUCCCCAGCAAGCUGCCCCCCGUCCUGCUCUCAACGGACAACUACGUCAGCCACAAAUGAGCCGCCGCCCGCCCAGAGUAUGCACAGACUAGAGUUUGGAUGAGGAAGAGAAAAGAACAACACAAGACGAGGAGGAUUAUAGCUUUGUCUCUUGACGUCAUUUUUGUGGCAGUCCUCUUUGACCUCCUCUGCCCUGUUCGAGCCCACCAUCAUACUACCCCACCACCCCCAUACAGCGCUCAUCUAGUACUUCUUGACCCCUUGACCCCCUCUCUGAUGCCCACACCACCCGACCACCUCCCGCAAAAAAAACUUUUUGAACCCGCACACAAACAUACCUUCACAUACUGCCUCUUAUCUUUCUUGCUCAACUCUCUCUCUCCACCGCUCAACUCUCUCUGUCUCUUUUCCUAUCUCUCUCUCACCUCUCUUUCGAUAUUUUUCUCCCUCUUAACUCUCUCUCGCUCUGUCUCUCUCUGU